AAUAGCUGACUUGACAAACAACAUCCAACCCAACACACUUUAAACACCAGUCGAAAUCCAUCAGAAACAAACUAGGAAAAUAUGUCUUCACUCCAGGACGUAGAUCCUGAGCUCAAAGCUCAAGCGGACAACCAUAAGAAUGAAGGCAACAACCUUUAUAAAUCCCGUGACUUUGCCGGGGCUAUUGCUGCAUACGAAAAGGCCUUCUCCCUCAAUCCAGACCCGGUCUAUCUAAACAACCUGGCGGCGGCCUACUUCGAACAAGGAGAAUUUGACGAGUGUGUCAAGACCUGCGAGCGGGCUGUUGAGGAGGGUCGUGAAAAACGUGUGGAUUAUAAAGUGAUUGCAAAAUCUUUCGCUCGAAUGGGUUCAGCUUAUCUGAAGAAGGGUGAAUAUAACCUGGCAAUCAAAAACCUUGAAAGAUCUCUCACCGAACAUCGAACCCCUGAUACCCUUGCCAAGCUUAAAGAGGCCGAGAAAACUAAGGCUGAAGAGGAGCGGAAAGCCUACCUCAACCCAGAGCUCUCCGACAAAGCGCGCGAAGAAGGCAAUGUCUGCUUCAAGAAUGGCGAUUUCGCCGGCGCAGUAAAGCACUACACCGAAUCCAUCAAGCGCAAUCCCGCUGAUCCGCGGGCCUACACCAACCGAGCCGCUUCAUAUUCGAAGCUUUUAGCUCUACCCGAAGCGCUGAAAGAUACCGAUUCGGCGAUCGAAGCAGAUCCCGAUUACACGAAGGCCUAUAUCCGAAAAUCCUUGACGCUGUUUGCGAUGAAGGACUACAAAAAGGCGAUCGACACUCUUCGUAAGGCCGAGGAACACGAUCCGGAAAAGAAACACUCCAAAGAGAUCGCAGCGAAUUUGCAGAAAUGCGUGAUGGCUGAAUACGGGGAGCGAGCUAAUGAAACCGAUGAGCAGCGGCUUGAGAAGGCCAUGCGGGAUCCCGAAAUUCAACAGAUCAUGUCAGAUCCUGUCAUGCAACAAAUCUUGUCUCAAGGUCAACAAGACCCGCAAGCCUUACAGUCACACAUGGCGAAUCCAAUGAUACGACAAAAAAUCAUGAAGUUGGUUGAAGCAGGAAUCAUCAAAACUCGUUAAACCGCUUGCCUCAGCAUACUCCAAUUCAUUCAGCGAAAUACAAAAAAAAAAAGAAAGAAAGACAAGCCAUGCAAUCUUAGAUGAUACCUUGAUUUACAUAUAUCUUUACUUUCUGUGCACGUUUAUGUACCCAUAUCUGAUUGCCUGGCUUCAAUCUUGUUAUCUACCUAUCAAAGUCUUUUUACUCCUUGUCCUUAAUUGCUCUUAUGCCUAUAAAAGUAUGCACCGGAACGAUGAAUUGCUAUAGUUGAUUAGAUCCUUGCCCUCCUCUGCCCGGAAGCAAUAUCCUUUUGGAAGGAAGGGCUCUAUCUAAUUCUUAGUUCGGCAGAUGAACGACUGACCGUCGGAGUCAAAUAAAUAUU